AUGUGGAUGGUUGUGAGCGAGGAUCCGGCCGGCCGUCUCCGCUAUCAGUACCACAACCUGCCGCCGCCGGCCGCUCAGCCGCCCCCUCCUCCGCCCAUUCCGUCUAAUCCGUCAACCGUUUCGUCGACUGCGAUCUAUUCGUCCGCUUCCCCUUCCGGACAUAGCCAUAUGCAGCGAUUCUCGCGUGGCGGAUGCCUCAGCUUUCCCGAUCCGAUGAAUGCUUCUCCACGUGCCAUUCGGAGCCACACUCUUCCGAAUGUGCACGGAGGACAUUACUAUGAGAUGGAGCAGUACGACAAUGUGAACGACUAUUCUUCUUAUGGAGGACCUGACUCUUCUAGCUCGACCAGCUCGUCCGCAGAGUACCAAGAUCCAGUUUACUCGACAAGGUACGGCGGAACUUCUGGAAGUUAUGCGAGGCAGCAAAACUACGCAAGAUGUUAUGUUCCGAUUUCGCCCGACGCCUUCUACUAUUACCAUCAGCAGCAACAGCAACAUCCGCAGCAGACGUACCGACCGCGACAACGUUCUCAUCAUCAGGAUCAACGACAUCACAGAGCUCCAAGUCCUGACCCCGAUUACUCUCCGCCUCUUUCAAGAAACAAGGUCCGAUUCCAAUUGCCAGAGGAGCCUGUUUCAAGAGGAGAAUAUGUGAGCAACUCCUAUCAAGCACCACGACACCUCAAAGUGUUCAACACGGAAGACUUUGGCGACGAAGAAGACGACUACGAAGCGGUCUCAAUGAACCCCGAUCCGGCUCCGCAUCACGAUUCUGUUCUGGUGCAUAGGUCAAAUGGACAAGUGUCAGUGAUGGUGACGAAGAAGGAGGAGCCGAUCUAUUGUUCGGGAGGGAGUGACAGUGCGGAGAGCAGCAGUGCAACGCCGUCUUCUGUCGAAGCGGACACUCCCCCGCCCAUCCCUACGCAGCCACCAGCCAGACACCGAUUGGUUAAAAAGAGUCAGAAAGAGAUAAACACUCGAGGACACCCACAGAAUGGUUUGUUUUUGUACUGGAACUUCGGUAGUGUGUCAACACUAUUUCGCCUGAUUCAUCACGAGCUCACGCUAUCUGACCGUGUAUCACUGUUGACUUAAUGACGAGUAGCAUAUCUCGUAACCCUUUUUCAUCGGCUCAUUCUGUCAUUAUCGGAAUCCGAGAUGAAAUCAGGUUUCGCAUUUGAGCAGAGACGGUUUUUCUCAAAUUUGGAAAGCAAACAUCCCCGCGCGGGCGCAUUGAGUCUCCCCCACCUGGUUAGGAUGGCGCGAAUUUCGGAGCAAUUAUUAUUUGUGUUCAUGUCAUGUUGUGAGCACUGGCAAAGCGAGCCGAUCGUGGCCUCUUGAUCGGCUUGGCGAGCACACUAAACUGUUGAAGUUUGCAUGCAAUCCCGGGGGGGGGAGGGGGGGGGGCGCAGAAGAGAGAAAGUUUGAAUAGCGCUCACUCAAACGUGAGAAAAUUGGGAAACGGGAGUCGUGAAAGUCAUCUCAUAGUGACGAUCAUAGUGGCAUUUGCAGGAAUAGGAGCAACUCCAACGCGUCCGUUCGAAAUCACACAGGCCUAUGGAGGGACGAUCCGUGGACCUACGAUGCCGAUCAGCGGGGGGCAAGGGAUAACUCCGAUGGGCACAAUGGCUGCUGCUCCCCAUUCGCAUACCCAGACAGGUUAGUCCAAAUGUCGAUUAUUUUCAUUUCUCGAUAUUUCAUACUCACUCGACGUUUGAAAAACAUGAUUGACAAACUUUUAACAUAUUUUUUUCGGCGUGAGUUCAUUUGUCUUCGGAAAGUAAAUGGAUCAUAUUUCAGAUGGAAACACGGCAAGCAGUGGAUCCAGUUGGUUCAAGAAGGACAAAAAUAAGAAAAAGGACAAAAAGGCGAAGAUCAAGAAGGAGGACAUCUCGAAUCCGACCAAUUUCCAGUACUUUUCGUUCUAUUUCGCAUCACUCAGAGUCAAUUUUCUUCAGACACAAAGCUCACGUCGGCUGGAAUCAAGACAGCGGUUUCUCAAAUACCGUCUAUGACGACGAUAUGGACGAAGCGACAAAGAACAUUCUAAAGGCCGCCGGUUUAGAAAGCAACAAUCUGAACGAGGACGACAGAAAGUUCGUGAAGAAGUUCAUCGCCAAGAACUACGACAAGUACGUGUCCGUCGGAAGUCUCGAUCCGUCCCAGAUCUCUGCCCCGAUGCCGCCGCCCGUUCAGCAGCCUAUGCAGCAGUGGAAUCAGUCAGUUUAUGAGUCUCUUCUCUUCCCGCAUAAUUUUUUAAUCAGAACCCCUGUCCGUCCUUACAAACCAUCGUUCCCAUCUGCUGCUCCUGUCGGAAGUCACUCGUAUUCCUCUUCUCCAGCUGCUCCUCCGCCGCCCACCCGUGUUGAAUCGCACGGACUUGCUCCAGCUCGUCCACCACCACCUCCACCGUCCAACAACCGCGGAUAUGCACCAUCCAGGCCGUUGCCACAGGUGUCAGAGUUUAGAAAUGAAAUGUAACUCAUUCGAUAUUUAGGCUCCGAGCUACCCGAACACUCCGGAGGCUCGUCCCCACGCAGUUCCACCUCCACCACCUCCGCCUCCACCGGCAUCGGCUCCGGCUCCGAUUUCUUCGUCGGCCCCACCGCCACCGCCACCACCACCGCCUCUCCCUUCUGGCGGACUUCCACCAGUCGGAGCCGGAGCUCCACCGCCGCCGCCACCUCCGCCGCCAUCCGGAGGGCCGAGUGCCGUACUUGCCAGCUUGCCGACUGCUCAGAACGGAAGAUCCAACUUGCUCGCUGUAAUGUUAAUCGGGGCUACGCCGAACCAGAACUGUUCGAAUCAGAACUGUCCCAAAUCGGAACCAAUUAGUACUGAAAAUAGUUCUGAUUCGGGACAUUUCUGGUUCGGCGUACCCUCUGUUAAUCGCGUAAUUCCCAAGUUAAUGUGCACUUUUCAGGAAAUCCAAGCUGGCAAACAGCUUCGCUCAGUUCAGCAAGAAGCUCCAAAGCCGGCAGAUGCUCGUGGAGAUGUGAUGGCUCAAAUUCGUCAGGGAGCUCAGCUGAAACAUGUAAGUUUGACGGGGAACAUUCAAAAAUUAUCGCGUUUGACGGCUUCUAAAAAGGUGCGUUCUUUACUUUCAGGUGGAUGCGGCCGCCGAGCAAGAGCGCCGAAAGAGCACAACUGGCGGAGUGGCUGGAAUGGGCGGUCUGGCCGGAGCACUUGCGAAGGCUCUCGAGGAGCGUCGCCUGAAUAUGGGUAUAGACGAUACGAGCGAUGAAGACGAGGACGACGACGAGAAGAACGAGUGGUCCGACUAG